AACACACACACUACUCUCGUGAUUUCAUUGCAUUGACUAGAAAUCCCAUAUUUUCCCCACAUUAAACUCACCCAACCCCUCUUUCUAAAAGGCCUCAAGGAGUCUACACUCUCACACAUUGCAAGACCUAUCUGUCCUCAAGUCCGAAGUAUUCUAGACUUGCACCGGAAAUGGAGGGCAAAGAAGAGGAUGUGAGAGUUGGAGCCAACAGGUACGGAGAGAGGCAGCCAAUAGGAACCGCUGCUCAGGCCAAAGACUACAGAGAGCCACCCUCUGCACCUCUCUUUGAGGCCGGGGAGUUGUCAUCCUGGUCUUUCUAUAGGGCUGGCAUAGCAGAGUUUGUGGCCACUUUCUUGUUCCUCUACAUCACGGUCCUCACUGUGAUGGGUGUGGCCAAAUCCAAGAGCAAGUGUUCUACCGUGGGCAUCCAAGGCAUUGCUUGGGCUUUUGGGGGAAUGAUAUUUGCUCUUGUUUAUUGCACUGCUGGCAUCUCGGGGGGUCAUAUUAACCCAGCAGUGACGUUUGGGCUGUUCUUGGCACGCAAGCUCUCUAUGACAAGGGCAAUUUUUUAUAUAAUCAUGCAGUGCUUGGGAGCUAUAUGUGGUGCCGGUGUAGUUAAGGGGUUCGAGCCUCACCUCUAUGAGAGGCUUGGUGGUGGUGCCAACACAAUCGCUAAAGGGUACACCAAUAUUGCUGGCCUUGGAGCAGAGAUUGUUGGCACAUUUGUGCUUGUUUACACUGUCUUCUCUGCCACUGAUGCCAAAAGAAAUGCUAGAGACUCCCACGUUCCGAUUUUGGCACCACUGCCUAUUGGUUUUGCUGUGUUUCUAGUGCACUUGGCUACAAUUCCUGUUACAGGGACUGGUAUCAACCCUGCUAGAAGUCUAGGUGCAGCCAUUAUCUUCAACAAAGACCAAGCUUGGGAUGACCAUUGGAUUUUUUGGGUUGGAACUUUCAUUGGGGCGGCACUUGCAGCUUUAUACCAUGGGACAACUCCCUUAUACCAUCAGGUAGUGAUCAGGGCCAUCCCCUUCUCGUCAAAGUGAGAUGCAACAUUGAAGAUGAAUUGAAGCAAAUGCCUGAAAAAUUAAAGUAGUAACUAGUUGAGCCCAAGACAGGAUUCCCAUGUAAAAGAUGUUCCUAUCACUUCU